CAUCUAUGGGCCACCGCCCACUGGACCGAGUGGAAUGUCCGGAAAUGGAAUGAUGGGUCGAGGAAGAGAAGAUACAUAUCCAUAUUACCACAGGAAUGAUUAUCGACCUAGCGCACCGCCUUACAUUGACCGUUCAGGUCCAUAUGGUGGGCGAGGUCACAUGAACAAUAUCCGACGUCCUUCCGGAACUCAAGCUUCGAGAUCCUUAACACGACCUCCAGAUCGUCCAC